UUAUAUUAAUUUGUAAUGAUAAAUUCGUAUUGUCUAAGUUUAAUUUAAAUUACGAGUUUAAAGGUAACAUACGUUGCUUUCAUACAAGUGCUGACAUUCAUUAGGAAAAGCAAUCAGAUCGUGCUACAAAUAACAAGAGCUUUGAUUAGAUAGAAAUAACAAUAAAGUGAGUCGAUCUUGAUGUUCUGCUGGACUGACAAUUAUGACGCGAUUAAGAGGCAGAGCCUCUUUAAUGGUCAUUAUAAUGAUCAGUUUUACCCUGUUGAUUGUUAUUUAUCAUAUUCUCGGUAAUGAGGUCAAGGACAUCGCGUCAAAUAAAUUAAAUCCGCGACUUAAAAUCGAAGAAGUUUAUCCAUUGAGCGAUCUCACAGAGAAUCCCCGUAACAUUGCCAGAAGACAGCAAAUAGAGGCUCAGAUAAUGGGAAAAUUAAAAAGCGAUGGAGAAAGGUUAUUCAGUGACUUCAAUUCUGGUAGAUCAUAUGCAGAAACGAUUUCUUCCUUUAAGGGUCAUAAAAUUGUGCAUUUGGAUUUAAAAGGUGCUCCUCCCAAACCAAGUUAUUACAAGUACCUGUUACGUUUGCUCAAAAAAUUAGGUGCCACUGGUAUACUUAUAGAGUAUGAAGAUAUGUUUCCUUUUGAAGGAGUAUUACAAAAUAUCAGUGCAGGUAAUUGCUAUAGUAGAAGGGAUAUUGCUAAUAUUCAAAAGAUAGCCUAUGAGAAUGAACUUAUAGUAAUACCAUUGAUUCAAACUUUUGGUCACAUGGAAUUCAUUCUUAAGUUAGACAAAUAUAAAGAUUAUAGAGAAGUACCACGUUACCCUCAAGUUCUGUGUCCUACUUACAAUAAAACUCUUCCAUUAAUAUACGAAAUGAUAGAUCAAAUAAUGGAAACACAUUCUGAUAUAAAGCAUUUACAUAUUGGAGCUGAUGAAGUUUACCAAAUAGGAGAAUGUUCUAGGUGUUUAGACAUAAUGGUUAAAAGACAGUGGCGUAAAAAACAACUAUUCUUAGAUCAUGUCUCAAAAGUUGCAAGAUAUAUCAAAAGCAAAUACCCAGAACUUACAGUUCUUAUGUGGGAUGAUGAAUUUAGAGAAAUAUUAUCUAAAGAGAUAAAAGACAGAGAUUUACAUUUAAUGGUAGAGCCUGUUAUUUGGAAAUAUACCACUGAUCCUGGAGCAUCAUUAUCAGAUCAACUGUGGGAAGGUUAUGCAUCGGUUUGGAAAAAUGUUUGGAUUGCUACAGCUUUCAAAGGUGCUACUGCACCAGAUAGAUACUACACCGAUAUUAAUUACCACAUGGAGAACCAUCAACGUUGGUUAGAAAUUAUCAAUAGAUAUUCUACUCAGAUUACUUUUAAGGGUGCUAUCCUAACAGGAUGGCAAAGAUAUGACCAUUUUAGUGUGCUUUGUGAGCUUCUACCCUCUGCCAUACCCUCUCUUGCUGUAAAUUUGGCAAUUUUACAAGCUCCAGAUUUAAGUGGAUUUCCUACAGAAGUACCUUCUCCGAUAUUACAAGCACUGCAGUGCGAGGGUAUCAUCUCUUUAAGUAUCCCAGAACCACAAUACGGUUGGACAAGAUGCAGUUAUCACGGUGUAUCAAUAUAUGCUGCUAUACUCCGGCUGUUUUCAUUGACUCAGGAAGUCAAUAAAAUGGAGCAAGAUAAUACGUUUAAGGGAUGGUUAAAACCGUACAACUUAAAAUAUUCUUUUUCAAAUCCUAGUCACGUAGAAAGAGCAGUUUCAGAACUGGAUAGACACAAGAUGGAGAUAAUGUAUAUCGAGAAAGAAAUAAGAACUGCUAUGGAAAACAUAUACGAUAAUUAUACCAUACAAGAAUGGAUAGAAACAUACAUCACACCUUUGAAUGAGAAAUUUACUCAACUAUGGGAAGCUAAAGAGAAGAUCCUAGAGAAAAACGUAUGGCCAAGAAGACCAUUAACAAAAUCUGACGUAUAAGUCAAUAAACGAAUAGCUUCCAUAUCAUGUAAUAUGAGACUGAGUACCGCACUAGGGUAAACAGAGAAGCGAUCUAUUAAUCAAGACACUUAGAAUCCUUGUUUUCCAAAGGGACGAGUAAAUGGGUGGUAUAUAAAAUCUACCAAAAGUAUAAUUUUGCACCUCGUAUGUCUAAUGUAUAGGAUACGCUCUAUAUUUCGAUCCAAAUGUGUGAUCAAAUUCUAUCGACUGCA